AUGACGCAGCCAUCAAAGAAACGUCCGGCUUAUUCAUCGAGGGACAAUGUGGAAACUAAUUUCCCCGAGGUUGCCACACCGGCUGUCUUUAUUCCAUUAUGUCCAGGCGAGCAUUCGGGGCCGUGCUCAGGGGCCCGUUCUGUUUGUCACACAGGGCCUGUUUUGAUCGAUGUGGCCAUGGGUCGACGGGGGAAAACAGGAGAACCAGGGACUGCAGGACCACCGGGCCCACCUGGAACAUGCGAUGCUGAAGCUGUUAAGGGUAUGAAGGGUGACCCGGGUGUCGCAGGAAUGGAUGGACAGAAGGGCGACAAAGGGGAUUCUGGUUUGCCUGGCCUGGAGGGAGCCAGUGGAAUGAAGGGGCAAAAGGGUGAGGAAGGACUACCGGGCCCCGUGAUGACAGCACAUGGACUGAGACUUUCUGGACCUGGGGAAGGAGGUGAGAAAGGCCAUAAAGGAGAGAAAGGAGACCAGGGUGAAAAAGGUUCUGAAGGCUCGAAAGGUUUACAGGGCAAUACUGGAUUGCCUGGACUGACAGGGGCACCAGGACUUGAGGGAAAGCAGGGUCCGUCUGGUCCCAUUGGCCUCCGUGGUCUUUCAGGAGAUCCGGGCUCUCCCGGUCAACCAGGACUGCCUGGAAAUGAUGGAAUGAAAGGAGAAAAGGGUGAUGCAGGUGGAGGGCCGGGACCGAUAGGCCCCCCGGGCCUCAAGGGUGAACCUGGUGAGCCCUGCUCUGUCGGACCUUGCAAUGGGGAGGAGGUCGCGUCUGGUCUUCGGGGGUUGCGGGGCCCUAAGGGUGAGCGAGGUGUACCUGGAGUCCCUGGAGAUGCUGGAGAGAAAGGAGAACCUGGUAUUGGAAUCACUGGACCCCCUGGUCUGAUGGGAUCUAAAGGAGAACCAGGAAUUCAGGGUCCUCGUGGACCUCCAGGACCACUUGGAUCGCCAGGAAUUAUGGGACCUGCAGGCCCACAAGGCAGACCAGGACCCCCUGGACCCCCUGGAGAACCGACAGCACUACCUAUUGUUGGAGACAUGGGGACAUUACUAAAGAAUGCCUGCAGUGCGUGUCAGACCAGAGUACCAGGAUUGCCAGGGCAGAAAGGAGAAAAGGGUUCCCUUGGAGCUCCAGGUAUCCCAGGAAUGGAUGGAGAAAAGGGGGAUCAGGGACUUCGGGGCCCAGCUGGUAAUCCCGGAAAAGAGGGUCCGAAGGGAGUGAAGGGUGAGAGGGGCUUUCCUGGUCCAAUGGGGGACAAGGGUGAUGAGGGGUCCUCAGGUGUGCCAGGAUUGCCUGGAUCCACAGGCCGUAUGGGUCCACAGGGACUGAUUGGCAGACCAGGACCUGUUGGGGCCACAGGACCAAAGGGAGAACGGGGCAGCGAUGGACCGCAAGGCAGAACCGGACCUCCUGGACCUCCUGGUGUCCCAUAUGCAGAGGGCAAUGGAAUGAGCAGUCUCUAUAAGAUUCAGAAUGGAGCAGCUAAUACAGGUCAACCCGGACCACCAGGGCCCCCGGGGCCCAAAGGAGAUGAAGGAAGGAUGGGUGAGCCAGGGCUGAUGGGAUUACCAGGUCUAGAGGGGCUGCCGGGUGCUAAGGGUGAUCUUGGCCUACAUGGUCCACCUGGUGUUCCUGGUCCUACUGGAAAGCCUGCUCCGCGUGGUGAGACAGGGAUCCCUGGAGAGCCGGGAGAACGAGGGCCUGUGGGAGAGACUGGCUUUCCUGGACCUGAAGGGCCUCCUGGAUCCCCUGGAAGGCCGGGAAAAGAUGGAAUUCCAGGCUAUACGGGAGCCACAGGCAGACCUGGAGACAGAGGUACUAAAGGAGAACGGGGAGAUACAGGGAUUCCAGGAGAGAGAGGAGUACAGGGAGAAAGAGGCAAACCUGGUGAAAGAGGGGGCUUUGGUCUUCAGGGGCAGCCUGGACAGAAAGGAGAACCAGGCACACCUGGAUCUUUAACAACACCAGGGACUGUCAAUCUGUUGGGUGAUACAGCUGCCUUGGAGGAAAUUAAAACAUUCAUCCGAAAUGAAGUAUUGCGUGUAUUUGAAGAGAGGUUUUCAGACAGUUACGCUUUGCUACAGAAGACACCAGCAGCCAUAUUAGCCGCGCAGGGUCGACAAGGCCCUCCAGGACUACCUGGUAAUGAUGGCUCCCCAGGACCCCCCGGAGAGCCAGGAUCUCCAGGUCCCCAAGGGUAUCGAGGGCAGAAAGGGGAACGAGGUCAAAUGGGGUUAGGACUUCCAGGAGCUCCAGGCCCCACUGGCCCACCAGGCUCAACUGGAAUAGGAUUCCAGGGUCCCAAAGGUGCUCCGGGGCCAGAGGGAAGAUGUAACCCCAGCGACUGCUUCCAUCCUUACGCCAGACGGGACGGCUAGAAUCUGACACAUCCUCAUCAAAACCCGAUUAGAUCCUGGAAAUCUGUGAACCAGCUCAUCUACACAAGCAUUAAAUCCUAUUGAAACAAACGUAGGAUCCCUUCUGGAGGAGAAGAAACACACAAACCUCAUCCACACAGAGCAGCCAUUACUGGUGAUGUCUUUUCAUAAUUUAUCUCCGUUUCAUUUCCCAUAUUUGUGACCAAUGCAUUUACUCAUUUCCCAUGUUUUGUGGGUAUGACGUGAGAAUUCAAAUCUCAUCAUUACACUAAUCACACCGGACAGGUUUAUCUGAGGCGGCGCGGUCAUGGCGAAUGCAAGUGGAAUGAGAAUUUACAUUUGUUUUUUUUUCUUGAAGCUGUUGUGAAGUUGAGUUUUGAUUCAAUUGUGAUGGCUCUAUGCAAUCUAAAAUAGAAAACGAGUAUGUUAACAAAUAUGAAGUUAACGUAAAUAACAGACAUUGUAAUUGUUUUUCAGACAUUUAAUUUUGAUUUUUUUUUUAAAAUAAGUGUACUUUCCAGCCCUGCGGGAGGAACAUUGCUUGAGUAGGGAGUUAUUGUUAUGAUUAUCACCUCAGACACAUAUACAG